AUGGGUAUUGUAAUUACGAAAGAAAUUCGGCGGGCUCGCUAUGUCACCCCUGUGAACUCGUCCUACCCUUACGAUGAGGAAUCACGCUCAUGCUAUCACUAUGGAGACUAUGAAUCCUUCUAUCGCAAGAGAGAAGAUUGCAACUUCCUGUAUGGCAAACUCAUAAUGAACGAUCGCGAUAACCUCAGCUUAUAUGUAAGAUGUAAUUUCCCGUAG